CACACAACACACACGCUCUCACUCUUUGUGGGAGAAAGUGAAGAAGGGGAGAGGGAAAGAGAGAGAAGGGAGAGAGCGUGAUUCCAGGUCUCUCUCUGCUGCUCUCUCCACUUUGGGUACUGGUACCCAGUCUGACUCAAUGGGGCUUUAGCACUAAGGGGUUAAACGUUAAAAUAAAAGAUAUUUAUUCACCCCAAACCCCUUAUAGUGUUUAGGUUUGGUGUAUUGACAGAGAUAUAGGUACCUCAUCAAGGAAAGUCUCCGGGAGAGAGGUAGAGACGUCUCCAGAGGCGUGCCUUUUUGUCUGUUGCCUCACAGAAAGUUCAGUCGGAUUCCUCUCGUCGGCUGGCUUUCUGUGAGAGGAUAACUUCCACCAUAUCCUACAUUUACAGCUCAACCAGGCCGGCAAACUACUGCAACACUAUGGAUAUUGGAGAUUGCCCCUUCAGGAAGAAACGGAGACCAUGGCGCAUGGACAUCUCAUCCUUCGCCUUGGUAACGGUGGCGCUCGCCUUGUGCCAAAGCACCGUGGUUCGGGCAGACCCAGUGGAUGUGUUACGGGCUCUGCAGGUUCCCUCUCUCCCUGAGGGCGUGAAGAAGGUCCCAGGCUUCUGCACAUCCCGUCGCUCCGGCAGCCCCGACCAUGCUUACCGCAUCACCAAGAAGGCCCAGAUCUCUGCCCCCACCAAGCAGCUCUUCUCAGGUCGCUUCCCGGAGAACUUCUCCAUCAUGGCUCUGGUUAAGGCCCAGGCGGGGCUCCAGGCCUUCCUCCUCUCCAUCUACAGCGAGCAAGGCAUCCAGCAGCUGGGCAUCGAGCUGGGACGUUCACCUGUUUUCCUGUACGAGGACCAGAACGGCAAGCCAGCCCCCGAGGACUACCCACUCUUCAGAGGCGUCAAUCUGGCUGAUGGCAAGUGGCAUCGCAUCGCUUUCUCUGUUUCCAAGAAAAACGUGACACUGCUGCUGGACUGCAAGAAGAAGAUGACCCGCGCUCUGCCCCGUGGCAACAACGCCGAGGUCGACACCAACGGCAUCACGGUGUUUGGAGCUCGUCUGCUCGAUGAGGAAGUUUUCCAAGGAGACAUCCAGCAGCUGCUGAUCGCCUCCAACCCCCAGGCUGCCUAUGACUUCUGUGAACACUACAGCCCUGACUGUGACUCCCCUCUGCCCAAGACCCAGGCUCAGGACCCCAACACAUACAAGAAGGAACUCAAUGGAAAUGCAGUCCCCACUAAGUCCACCCCUGUAAAAGUCAAACCCACUCCAGCUAAAGCAGCCAAGACUGGACCAUACAAACUUGUAGUCAAGCCGCCGAUGCCCACCAAAGUCUCAAAGUCUUCCACAGCCAAGACACCUAAAGCAAAACCCACUGCUGUAGAGAUCCUCUUGUCUAAAAUCAAACCAACUGCAACUGCUAAAUCUAAGCCCACAGCUUCCCCAGCCAAGAACGGCAAUGGUAAACCAGCCGCUGAAAAGAAAGCAAAUGGUGCAACUAAAGCCAACGGCAACGGCAAUGGAAGUGCAUCAGCAGCAAAAUCUAAUGGCAAUGGCAAAGCUACAGCUGCGGCCAAGCCUACAGCUGCGCCCAAAGUGAAUGGAAACGGCAAGGUUGUAGCUGAAAAGAAAGUUAAUGGAAACGCAAAAUCCUCCGCAGAAAAGAAAGCCAAUGGAAAAGCCACUGUUGUGUCUAAGGCAAAUGGAAAUGGCAAUGGCAAAGCUACAGCAGAGAAGAAAGCCAACGGAAAUGGCAAAACUACCAUUGAGGUUAAAGAAGUUAAAGUCAAAGUCAAUGGCAAAGCUGAGAAUAAAGUCAAUGGUGAGGCUAAGGCUAAUGGCAACACCAAAGUUACUACUGUGGUAGAAAAGAAAGCUGUUGGCAAUGGAGCGGCAAAUCAGGCAAAAAUUGAAACCACUACAAAAACAAAGACUGAGAAAGUUGUUAAAGUAGAAAAGACUGUGGUCACUGCAGCUAAAACAGCUGUCAAAGUAGAAGCUACUAAGGCACCUAAACCUACAAAAGCGGCAAAGGUUGUGGCUACUAAAGCUCCAGCAGCAAAAACCCAAGGGAAGGCAGAGGUCAAAGAGGUUACCAAAGUUAAAACUGUGGUCACCAAAGUCCCUCUGGUCAAAGCAACGGUGAGCAAAACAGCCAAGAGUGUUGUCAAGAAGUUUUCCAUCCCAACGAAAGUAGCUCCAACAGCUGCCCCUGUCCGGCCCACACCACCCAGACCCACGAAAUCCAAGGCUCUUGUGGACAUUAAUGUCAAAUCCCAGCACAAACCUUUCCCACCAUUUGGCAAGACUGUGCUGAGUGGAACUGCGGUCCCAGCGAAGAAAGUUACCAACGGUUAUCAACAGGAUGUAGACACUGAAUACUCUGAGGCUGGCCACACCCCUACAGAGACUGAUUAUUACUAUGAGGAGACAGUCCCACUGCCAGAGGGUGAGGUGAUUGGACAAGAAGAGAACUCUGUACAGCCCCAGGUGGACCCGGCGUUGGGGGGACAGGAGGUAGAUGCCACCAAGGCAGGCGGCGUGGGCGAGGAGGUCUUCACUGAGGAGUAUGUGACUGGGGACCUGGGCCUUAAGGAAUACGACUAUUCCUACAGGGACUACAAUGACCCAUUACCGGAGACUGGAGAAGUCGAUGCCAACAUGGGCCCCGCCCUGUCCGCUGUGACAGACGAGGGAGGCGCCGCCGUUAGAGGCCACAAAGGAGAGAAAGGAGAACCUGCCGUCCUGGAGCCUGGUAUGCUGAUUGAAGGCCCUCCAGGACCUGAGGGACCUGCUGGUCCUACUGGACCUCCUGGCUCUUCUGGACCUCCUGGCUCUGUUGGUGACCCUGGAGAGAGGGGGCCUCCUGGUAAAGCUGGUCUGCCUGGAGCUGAUGGAGUCCCUGGACCUCCUGGAACCUCAGUCAUGCUGCCUUUCCGUUUUGGGCAGAGUGGAGGAGAUAAGGGUCCUGUUGUUUCUGCACAGGAAGCUCAGGCAGCAGCCAUCUUGUCUCAGGCCAGGAUGGCUCUGAAAGGACCUCCUGGACCGAUGGGAUUCACUGGACGCCCUGGACCCCUGGGAAGUCCAGGAAGUCCUGGUUUGAAAGGAGAAGGUGGAGACCCCGGUCCUCAGGGGCCCAGAGGAACCCAGGGUUUGAUGGGACCUCCAGGCAAAGCAGGAAGAAGAGGUCGUGCUGGAGCUGAUGGUGCCAGGGGAAUGCCAGGAGAGACUGGAAUUAAGGGCGACCGUGGUUUUGAUGGUCUUCCUGGUUUACCUGGUGACAAAGGGCACAGGGGUGACACAGGAUCAAUGGGACCACCUGGACCCCAAGGAGAGGACGGAGAGCGGGGAGACGACGGAGAUGUUGGACCCAGGGGUCUCCCAGGUGAACCAGGACCUCGUGGUUUGCUCGGACCUAAAGGUCCUCCUGGAAUCUCUGGACCUCCUGGUGUACGAGGAAAUGAUGGACCCCAUGGUCCCAAAGGAAACUUGGGUCCUCAAGGUGAACCAGGACCUCCAGGUCAGCAGGGAACCCCAGGAACUCAGGGAAUGCCAGGACCUCAGGGAGCCAUCGGACCUCCUGGAGAGAAAGGUCCCACUGGAAAACCAGGUCUGCCAGGAAUGCCUGGAGCUGAUGGCCCUCCUGGUCACCCAGGAAAAGAGGGGCCUACUGGCACCAAAGGAAACCAGGGUCCCAAUGGUCCUCAGGGAGCUAUUGGCUAUCCUGGCCCUCGUGGCAUCAAGGGAGCUCAAGGAAUCCGUGGAUUGAAGGGCCACAAGGGAGAGAAGGGAGAAGAUGGUUUCCCCGGAAUUAAAGGAGAUUUUGGUGCCAAGGGAGAGCGGGGUGAGGUUGGAGUACCAGGACCCAGAGGAGAAGAUGGUCCAGAGGGGCCAAAGGGUCGCAUUGGAUCCCCUGGUGAGAUUGGACCACUUGGACUUAGUGGAGAGAAGGGUAAACUUGGUGUACCUGGACUUCCUGGAUAUCCUGGAAGACAAGGACCCAAAGGAUCUCUUGGUUUCCCCGGAUUCCCUGGUUCCAACGGCGAGAAGGGAACAAGGGGACUUACUGGAAAAGCAGGACCAAGAGGACAAAGAGGACCAACGGGCCCCAGAGGGCAGAGAGGACCGAGAGGCGCAACUGGAAAACCAGGAGCAAAGGGGACAUCUGGCAGUGAUGGUCCUUCUGGUCCCCCAGGAGAGAGGGGAUUGCCCGGACCUCAGGGAGCCAAUGGUUUCCCCGGACCAAAGGGACCUCCUGGACCACCAGGAAAGGAUGGACUUCCUGGACAUCCUGGCCAGAGAGGAGAAGUUGGUUUCCAAGGUAAAAUGGGUCCACCUGGGCCUCCUGGAGUUGUUGGACCUCAGGGUCCAUCAGGAGAAACCGGUCCAAUGGGUGAGCGUGGACAUCCUGGACCCCCAGGUCCACCUGGAGAGCAGGGACUUUCUGGUCCCUCAGGGAAGGAGGGCACCAAGGGAGACCCUGGACCCCCAGGAGGCCCCGGUAAAGACGGACCUCCAGGACUGAGAGGUUUCCCUGGAGAGAGAGGACUACCUGGAACCCCUGGUGGUGGUGGACUGAAAGGAAGUGAAGGACCUGCUGGACCUCCUGGACCUGCUGGGUCUCCUGGUGAAAGGGGGGCUGCUGGUACUGCUGGACCUGUUGGACCUCCUGGCAGACCAGGACCUCAGGGGCCACCUGGACCCGCUGGAGAGAAGGGAGUUGGUGGUGAGAAAGGCCCUAUUGGCCCAGCAGGUCGGGAUGGAGUGCAGGGUCCAGUGGGUCUGCCUGGUCCUGCUGGACCACCUGGAGUCCCUGGAGAGGAUGGAGACAAGGGUGAAGUUGGAGAACAUGGUCAGAAGGGUGCCAAGGGAGCCAAAGGAGAGCAUGGUCCUCCUGGUCCACCCGGUCCAAUGGGUCCCGUCGGUCAGCCUGGUCCUGCUGGUGCUGAUGGAGAGCUUGGACCGAGGGGCCAGCAGGGACCUUUUGGAGCUAAAGGUGAUGAAGGAACUCGAGGAUUCCCAGGAGCCCCAGGACCAAUCGGCCUACAGGGAUUGCCAGGACCAUCUGGUGAGAAGGGAGAGACUGGAGAUGUUGGGCCUCUGGGUCCUCCAGGCCCUCCAGGACCCCGUGGCCCUGCUGGACCCAACGGAGCUGACGGUCCUCAAGGUCCUCCUGGUGGUUUGGGUAAUCCUGGACCUCUUGGAGAGAAGGGAGAGCCUGGUGAGGCUGGACCACCUGGAAUCGUAGGAGAGCCUGGAAAGAAGGGUCCUCGUGGAGAGCGUGGAGAGAAGGGAGAGGCUGGACAACCUGGAACUGCUGGACCUGCUGGAGGACGAGGACGACCUGGAGACGAUGGACCCAAAGGAAACCCUGGCCCUGUUGGUUUCCCUGGUGAUCCUGGUCCCCCUGGUGAGGUUGGACCCAGAGGUCAAGAUGGCGCCAAGGGAGAGAGAGGAGAAGACGGUGAACAAGGAGAGUCUGGCUCUCCAGGACCUCCUGGUGAGAAUGGACCCCCCGGCCCCCCAGGAAAGAGAGGUCCUGCUGGAACUAGAGGACCAGAGGGACGUCAGGGAGAGAAGGGAACCAAGGGAGAUUCAGGUGCAGUUGGCCCCCCAGGAAAGACCGGCCCUGUUGGCCCCCAGGGUCCACCAGGAAAACCAGGAACAGAAGGUCUCAGAGGACUUCCAGGAUCAGUGGGUGAACAAGGAUCUCCAGGACCUGCUGGACAGAAAGGACCACCUGGACCUAUUGGACCUCCUGGUUUGCCUGGUCUGCGUGGAGACUCUGGAGCCAAGGGAGAGAAGGGACACCCGGGUCUUAUCGGACUCAUUGGACCUCCAGGAGAGCAGGGAGAGAAGGGAGACCGAGGUCUGCCUGGACCUCAAGGAUCCUCUGGACCCAAAGGAGAGAAUGGAAUGCCUGGAGGAACCGGACCUCUGGGCCCUGCUGGUCCUCCUGGUCUGCCUGGUCCACAAGGUAUCAAAGGAGCUAAGGGUGCUAGUGGAGGAGCUGGUCCCAAAGGAGAGAAGGGUGUACAAGGACCUCCUGGACCUCCUGGCCCACCAGGCGAGGUCAUUCAGCCUCUGCCCAUCCAGAGGAGUCCCAAGUCCAAGCGUUCAAUCGAUGCCAGCCAGCUUCUCCCCGAGUCUGACCCUGACAUGCCUGCUUCCGACGCCGCUGGCACUGAGUUCCUGAUGGGCAGUGAAGGCAUGGAGGAGAUCUUUGGCUCUCUCAACUCGCUUCGACAGGAGAUCGAGACCAUGCGUUUCCCUCUGGGCACCCAGGACAGCCCUGCUCGCACCUGCCAGGACCUGCACCUCAGCCAGCCACAACUCAAAGACGGAGAGUACUGGAUCGACCCCAACCAGGGCUGCUCCAGAGACUCCUUCAAGGUCUUCUGUAAUUUCACACAUAGUGAGACGUGCCUUUACCCCAGCAAGAGCAUCAACACGGUGAAGAUGAGCUCCUGGGAUAAAGAGACUCCAGGAUCAUGGUACAGCCAGUUUGCCACUGGUAGUAAGUUCUCCUACGUCGACUCUAACGGCGAGCCCGUGGGUGUGGUCCAGCUGGGCUUCCUGCGUCUCCUGAGCGUCCAGGCCCGCCAGAACCUCACCUACCACUGCCACCGCUCAGUGGCCUGGGCUGACCGAAGCGCCAAGAACAGCUACAACAGAGCGCUGCACCUCCAGGGCGCCAACGACGAAGAGCUGAGCUACGAGACCAACCCUUAUAUCAAAGCUUUGCUUGAUGGCUGCUCUUAUCGUAAGGGCUUUGACAGGACAGUCCUGGAGAUCAACACACCACAGGUGGAGCAUCUUCCUCUGCUGGAUAUCAAGGUGUCAGACUUUGGGGAGAGCAACCAGCAGUUUGGCUUUGAAGUGGGACCUGUCUGUUUCCAAGGCUAAAAACACACACAUUCACACAUCAUGCAGAGAACGACACAUGCAGAUACUCACACGCACACACAUGCACUUAGAGACACACUUAUAUAUGAUAAACAUACAUGCCCAUUAAUUUGUAAAUUAACUUGUAAAUGAUAUUAAAAAAUAAAACACACAAAACCCACAGACACACACACACACACACACACUUUACGAAUGCUGUUGUGAGACAAACACGAUCUCACACUCAAGAGGGAAGGCGACAUCCUCCCGACAAUUAAUGGACGACAUAAAAGCAAAGAGGAGAGAAGUGCAAAAAGAAACUCGCGGAGAGGAGGCCAUCGACUGGGUGCACAGCCGCGAGAAAGGAAGACAAAACCAGGAGAGAGUGUUGUUCAGAAUGAAACAGUGUUUUCUGUACCAGCGGCGUCAGCGUUCGGCCUGAGAGAGAGCGAGCCGACAACCUGAAGCCUGAAACCCCCUCUCACUCCUCUCUCCUCCCCGCUGUCUCUCUUCCUUUCCACUCAUAUCACCUGCUCUACCUCCCCCUUCCUCUUCCCAAAUUAAAAAAGGGUCACACUCGGACACCGCUCUUCAAUCCCACGUUCACCCUGCAAGUAACAUGAGUGACGGUCACUCUUUUAUGAUUCACCAGAGGUGCAGGAGGCUCCUGUGUCGCUGUCUUCAUCUGUGAAGUUUUGAACAGUUAAAUCGUGUGUUUUUGCUUCACAGCUUUGGCUUUUGUUGGGUGUGUAUUCCUUCAUAAAAAGUUCUGAGUCAACUUUUUAUCCGUUUUGCACUUGCCAGCCAGAGCUUCUACUCAUGAACCAGAAUCAAAUCAAAACAGCAGAAGCCAAACUCCAGUAAAUGACAGCGAGUCCUCACCAAUGUUCAGCUGUUACUGAUGCAAACCUUUGGGCAUCUUUAGAAGGACUAAGUGAGGCAGUCGUCUUGUGGUGUAGGAUAUGAACAUAAACGUCCAGUGGCUUGUCGAUCAUGUUGCUUCCAGAGUAGCUCUUAUCUGAUUACGUCAAAAAGAACCAAAGAACUGAUGCCACCAGUUUCCACCCAGAAUAAAACCAGGGAACUGACCACAUGUUACCAGCAGGGUCCUGCUUAUUGGAUUUAUCUGUUUUUAUCUUGUUUAAGCUACAACCAAGUGAAUUUUCUACUCUUUGUAAUAUUCUCUUCACUACCAUCUUCUGGUUUUUAUUAAAACUGUCAAAAAAUGUGAUUCACAGCUCAAACUAUUGAUUAAAAAAUCAUUCUAGUGUUAUGCAGCGAGGUUGAUGGAGUCCAGUGUGAUGCAGGAUUUCUUCUUGUUCGAGCUGGAAGAUCUUUGCUCCACCGUGAGAGCAGCAAAAAGUCUUUGAAUUCUUAAUUUAACGUUAGACAGUCUGUUUGUGCAUGCAGUGAGGCAGGAGAGGAGACGUGUUCAUAUCUAGAUCAGUGAAAUUAAAGCCAUUAUUUUUGUAAGCUGUGCUAAAUGUGAUGCUCUUGUAUUUGCAUAUUACUGGUGCCUUUGAAAAGAGCUGAUUCUCCUUUAAAUCACGGAUCAGACUACCAGGGUCGCUACCACACUCCAGUUCAGUAUUUGCUGAGUCACUUUCUGGGUGCUUUGAUUAUUGUUUUCCAUCCAGAACACAUUUUUUCUGAUUUAGCAUCCGAGCACAGGACAUUGUCAGGGUUUAAAUAUGUAUAUGAGACUCAAAGUUCCCUCCUGUUUUCUGCAGCAGUGAAUAAAACGCAUGCUUUACUGAAAGAAACUGUGUGGCAAGGUGCUAAUUACACAAAAGCGUCAAAAGGUUUUAGCAUUCACUCUGAGUCUUCCACUUUCUUUAGCCUGUUUUUACAAUUUCAUGAAGCUUUUCACUGGGGAAGAUGUGCAUUACAUUCCAUUUGUACAGAAAUAGUGAUAUUCUAUUGUAUUUAUUUAAAACAAACAGGGUGCUUUGAGAUUUAAAAAAGAAAAAAAAACAAGAACCAACAAAUAUUUCAGCCAAAUGUGGUGUAUUUCAUUUGUAUUUAUUUCCUGCAGCUGACACUUGAAGGUCGAGUAAAACGAGUGACUUCCGUGUUAAACUCACUGUCAGUCUGAGUUAUGGUGCUUCUGUUUACACCCUGUCCAAACUCCUUUUGUACAACCAAACUAUCUGUGGCCACAUUUUAUUGUAAUAUCCCUUUUUAGUGUUUUCAUCACCUGUACUGUGCUGUUAAAUUUUGCUUCCACUGUAAUGAUUAAAUGGUGACUCUCCA